AUGGUUCGUUUCGAGAAGGAGGGUGAAUAUUUGGCGGCACUGACAGGGGGUCCAUGGAGGGCUUUUGGCAGUUAUCUCAUGGUGAGAGCUUGGUCGCCGGAGUUCGAUCCGUUAAGAGAUGACACCAUUACGACGCCGGUUUGGAUCUGGUUGACAAAUAUUCCAGUGAACUUUUACCAUCGAUCGAUCCUCAUGGGUAUUUCCAAGGGUUUGGGUAAACCAGUUCGUGUUGACUUGACCACAUUGAAGUUUGAAAGAGCAAGGUUUGCGAGAGUUUGUGUAGAAGUUAAUCUUGCAAAGCCGUUGAAAGGGACAGUCCUAAUUAACGGAGAGAGAUACUUUGUAGCUUACGAAGGGUUAGCUGAGAUCUGUUCAAAAUGCGGAAUUUAUGGACACUUGGUUCAUGGAUGCCCAAGAACAAUUGCGGAAAGAUUGGCUGAAGUAGCUAUACAGACGGAGGCACAGUCAGCUACGCGAUCACCCACUAGACAAGAACCAAUAGUGCAGGAGAAUGGUUUUACUCCGGUGAGGAGCUCAAGAAGAGGGACGCAGAUACUGCAUCGACUGGUGAACGGCAGGACUGCGGAAGCCGGCGGGGAGACAGACAGGAAUGUCCAAGAGAUCCCGCGGACCGGGGGAAUCGCAAACAUUGCGAUAUCCAACAAAUUUGGUAGUUUAGAGCUGGAUACAGAUCGAAGUGAAUCAAGAGAAGAGAUUGUGUCUGGCGAGGAGAUCAAGGAGAAUCAGAUUAUGAACAUCAAAAGAAAUGAGAACAAGGAAAUUUUGCAAGGGAAAGAGACUCUAAUCUUUGGAGAGGGAAGGUGA